GUGGCGCUGUGGUAUAGAGCCAUACUAGUAAUUUCGCAUUCAACUCCCAACACUUCCUGGGGUUAAUGUGUUGAAGUAUCAUCAAUUUGCAGCUCAUCCUCGGCUUUUUUAGUUUUAGUUUUACUUCUAUGAAGAAGACAAAUGUUUCACUUUCUAGUGUGUUCACAGAGGACAUUGGGCGUUAGACUCGGGAUUCGACGCCCGUGUUCGUCUUAUGGAGAGGAGGGUCACGUUGCUGCUGUAAAGACACAAGAAGACUCAAUUACCCAACUCAAGAUGGAGGGCGCAACAGCGAAGAACAUCGGCUUUGGACGUCUUCAUCGUAUUGGGAAAAAACGACAUUCUGGGGGAGAGAAGGUCACCAGAGGAAGCAAAAGAGCUGUUUGUCAGCUGGUUUUGGAGCGUUUUGACCGGCAGUACGGCGAAGAGCUCGGGGACUCGUGGGCGUCCGUGAGGUCCGUGCUCCUCGACCCCGCGUCCUGGCAGCACGGCGUGCUGCUCAACCGCUUCGCCGCGGCGACGGACGCCGAGCGCGCCCUCCUGUCACAGGGCUUCUCCACGCUGCUGCCUCGGAGAGAGGGCCCCGAGGGCGACUCCCGCCCCCUCCCGUCGGAGGCGGACCUCGCCCCGCCCCCGCCGCCGUUGCAGUGUUACAUCCACCCGCGUCCGACGCGGUUCCCAUCGCCGGCUCACAGGGCCGGGCAGCUGAAGCCGUACUACCUCCUCAACGCCGCCUCCCUGCUUCCCGUCCUGGCUCUGCAAGUCGGAGACGGGGAGAAAGUUCUGGACCUGUGCGCCGCUCCCGGGGGCAAAGCUUUGGCCGUAAUGCAGUGUGCAACCCCAGCCUUCCUCUGCUGCAAUGAACCCGACUCUCACAGACGCGAGCGGCUGGCCAAAACCUUGGAGUCCUUCCUGCCGCGUUGGAUGAGCAGCCGAGUGCACGUGUCGGCCCAGGACGGACGCUCCUUUGGGCAGAGUGAAGUUGGGAAAUAUGACAAGGUCCUGGUUGACGCUCCGUGCUCCAAUGACAGGAGCUGGCUGUUCUCGUCUGCUGACCAGCAGAUGGAACAGAGGUUCAAGGAGAGAAGCCGGCUGCCACGGCUCCAGGUCCAACUAUUACGGUCUGCCCUGUCAGCCGUGCGUCCAGGGGGAGCUGUGGUCUACUCAACAUGCACCAUGUCCAGCGCCGAGAACUUUGCCGUGGUCGAGGCGGUGCUCAGAGACUGUCCUGAAGCCGAACCCGAGGACCUCCAGGAGGAGAUUGCUCUUCCCUUAUCGACCCACUUCUCAUUCCGCGUUGGCGGGCAGGUAACCCACCCCCAGCCUCUGCAGCCACAGUCUGUCCGCGCGUCCUCACGUGACCACAAACUGGGCAUUCUAGUCCUCCCGCAGCCUCGUAAAACCUGGGGACCGAUGUUUGUGUCUCGGCUCAGAAAGAGGAAAAAUAAAUGAGA